UGUUCUACAGGGCGGUGGGGGGGCCUUUGAAUAAAGCGGUCUGCGGUUUGCUGAGUUUACAAUCGUGUUUUGAUCUUUGCGAGUGGGCUGUACGAAGGGAACGUCAAUGACAGCCCGCCGGCCUCGUGCCUUCGAUACUGUACAUGACACAUAUUGCGCCAUUAUUCGCGCUACGGAGUCAGUUCCGAUGCUGAUCGACGGAGUCAGACGUCCAACUUCUAGAUCGUCGUCCUGUCGUCAGCCUUCCAUAUUCGUGCUUGAUUUGGCGAUUCUGAAGGUAUAUGGGGUAGAGCUCAUCCGUACAUGCUCCCAUUAUUCUCGCGGUAGAAAGAGAAGCCGUCGUGGCGCAUCGCAUUGCAGGUUCUGCUUGGAACGCGUCCUACGAGCGCGACGCACGCGUUGCAAGCGUGUUGUGAGCGCGCCAUACCAUCCUAACGCUCGCUACACGCCUCGACCCACGUCGCAGACUCACAGGCUUGCUGCUGACCGUUAUACUUCGGUCGGGGCUUGCGUUCGAGUCGCUUUCUGGACGUCCGCUACCAAAACAGGGUCGUGUAAGGAGGUCGGCGCUUUGAGACAUGUCCAACGGCGGCGGCGACUAAUGAAUCUAUAGCCGAGAUAUAGCGGCCAUACGCC